UUUACAGUAUAUUAUCUUGACAAUAUACUUAUCUUCUCUAAAAUGAUAGAUAAACAUCAGAAGUAUAUAAAAGUAAUGCUAGACGUGCUAUAUAUAUAUAAACUAUUAGUUAAUAAGGAAAAGAGCGAAUUCUAUGUUAGGAAAACGGUGUUUUUAUGA